AUGUCUCCAGGUAAUAAGACGCUGCAAUAUCGCGCCUGGUGUCCUGUCAGCGUGCAGCCCCAUGAGGAGAAGGAGUUCCUCGAGGUGGAUCUCGGCCAGCAGUCCUUUGUGAAGCUGAUAAUCACUAAAGGUCUCUCCACAGCCGACAAGGGCGGUCUCUAUCUCACACCCUUUUACCACAUCCGCUAUCGUAGGGAGGAUCCAGCCUCACAGUGGAUUAAGUAUCAGAACAUCAAUGGAACUAUGGUUCGUAUUCUCCUCCUUUUGUUCACAAUUGCUUUACACACCUUUACUGUUGUGUACUUGGUGAGGGCGCAUAGCUGA